UUUGACAAAUACAUGGUUCAUUCAACAAAAUCUUCAUCAGACGCUGCAGCUAAAUACUGCAAGGGUCUUAAAGAGCUAAAAAAUAAAGAAACUUUGUCAAGUGAAGAUAUUCAAGAAAUAAAUGCAAAUACGAUUAAUAACAUUGAGAAUAAAAAGAAAGACAUUCGAAUGUCAGCACAUAUUAAUCAAGAUUUGCUAAGAGAUGGUGCAAUAUCAAGUAUACGUCAAAGACUUAAUAAACAAAUGCAAAAUCUAGUUCCCUUAUCACUUACAAAUGUAGAAGAAGCAUCUGUUGCUUCUGAAUUAAUUGAAGAUCAACCUCAUAUUACUGAUCCUGAUAUAGUUAAUAAUGUAGUUGAAUCUGCUGAAAAAGGUGAACAGCAUUUUAUAAUUGAUAUAUUAAAUUUUAUUGUACCUGAGUAUAUAAAAAAAAGACUUUUAAUUCCAAAUAAUACUACUAUUAAACUUCAUAUAUCUGGAGAUGGUAGGAAUGUAGGACGAAAGGUUCAGCAUGUUAUGGUAACGGCUAUAAUACUUAAUGAUAUAGAUAGACUACAUAAGCCUGAAGGGUAUUAUACACUUGUUCUUUACUCUGGAUCAAAAAAUUAUCAAUCCCUUCAAAAUGCACUUUGCACAUUAAUUUUUGAUUUAAACAAUUUAAGAGAAUCUGGAUUUUACCAACUUAACGGCUUGCAUUGGAAUGUGGAACUUUUUUUUAGCGCAGAUUGGAAGUUUUUAGUUACCUGUUUAGGAUUUAAUUCUGCAAAUGCAAAUCAUUUUUGUCUAUGGUGUACAUGUAUGAAACAGCAAAAUGGAAUUCUCGAUCAAAAUAAUAAACUAGUUGGCGAUUGA